AGACCUACAAAUCAGCCAAAGAAGCCUUUUGAAGUAGUCGUUACACACGUUAGAUUAGGAAGCUCGCUAGACCUAGCACACUGAGGUGUCUUUGUGCUUCUGUUGAUGUAAUUGUUUUCACAGUAGCUGCUCUAAUUUGUUGGUUUUUCUUUUUCUAGUUGUCAUUAUAUUUUUCCAAGAAAAUGACGGACUUUCUCGGAUGGGAAAAGAAAGCAAAGCAGCUUGUCGAAGCCUGCAAAGACGAAGAAGAGCAGGAGAAGGAGGCCGCUGACUUGGCCCUAGGCUUGGACGGUGGAAAGACUGUAGAGGGUCCUCCUGUUGCGGCUGCGAAGCAGCAAUUAGACGAUUUCAAGACGAAAUCGGAAGAGCGGAAAAACCUCAUCGACCGCUUGUCUGGGACUGAGGUCUUGCUCGUUGGUGUGGUGGACAACCGCUUAGUGGGUAAGGGCAAGAAGGGCUCAGCGAAUGGUGUAGGAAACGGCGUUGGUGGCGAAGCCCAACAUGAACGAUCGGGCGAAGCGGAGGAGGAGGAGGAUGACGUUUUAGUGGAAGACAUCACGGCAGGCGACCAAGGAACCUCCGGGACAACAGCAACUACAGGGGAAAGCAAUACAUCACCACCACCACCAGGAACAGAUAAAAAAGACGAAAACAAGAAAGCCACACAGUCUGCUACUUCUAGUGCCAAGAAUUAUCUCACUCUCGCUUCCGGACACAUCGUGGAGCGACUGGAGGACAAGGAGAAAGCGCAUUUCUCGAUCGAGUGCCCUGAGCCGAAGUGUGUUCGAGUCCAGAAAUGCGAAAACAGUACACUUCGCUUCACAACGAAGACAAUCAAAUUUUUAGCAGAGAACUGUUCCAACUGCAGAUUCGAAAUUGACGCGGAUGUGAUGUCCAGUAGUUGCGAAAUCUGGAAUUGCACGGAUUGUUACGGCUUUUGAGAUUGAUUCGUCGUCUACUCCUCCUAGUUUUCCGUAGGUUCGCUGGUUGAAUGCUCUCAGUCUCAUCUAUCAACAAUCAUAAAGAGGACCUUGUUAGGUAUUUUCAAUGACUGACUAGCUCUAGCAUACCUACACAACGACAAACACAACUCCAACUAGUUCUAAUCUCACACUUUCGUCUUCCGUGUGCCCGUCCAGAGUGUGCAGGCUGACAAGUGUACCCAGGUUACACUGGAUUGGGAGCAGCAGGCGCUAAUGCAGUUCGUGGUAUUCCAUAACUGUCCGGCACUAGCCUAUGCAUUUGAUGGAAAGACGCAAGUGCCAGUCAUUCUUCCAGGAACUACAGGAGAUAAUGCUGCCCAAGACGGAGACUCGAAGGAAACCAAGACUGAACAAUCGCUAGACCCUGAAUUGCAGUAUGUGACGAUGCUGGAACCAAAGACGAAGCACUUAAUUACUUUAAGGCUGAUGAGUCGGAGUAAUAUACAAGGACAAAGAUUAAGAUCAUUCUAAGCGUCUGAGGCACAUCAUGCAUUCUGAAGUAGACUUAUUCGGAAAAGCUUUCAGUACUACGGAUGAUAGUUUGGCCUCCUCUUCUAAUAACCACACCCGUAGAGCGACACAGCGACAAGCAGUAUCCAACGUUUAUGAAUGCGGAUAAGCGAACAUCCUCUAGUGGUGCAAACGGUAGUUCUAAGGAUGAGAUCAUUGGUGGUGCCAACGGCUCUUCGAAGGACCAGGAAGCCCAAAACUUCAAGGAACAGGGAAAUCAGGCUUUCAAGACCAGUGAUUUCAUGUUAUGAGGAAGAAGUUGUGAAGCUUUUGAUUUGGACGAUAGAAGUUCUUCUUUGUUUCACAGGAGCUUGGGUAGAGAGAACAGAGUGCUGAGUAGUUAGAGAGUGGACAUGUGGUCUUUGCACAAGAAAUUGAAAAGAGACUGGUAAACUUUCGAACACCUCCUCUAAUUUACCAGGCCGCCGCAUUCUACACUCUUUCCUUGAAAGCGAAGCCAGACACUGUUGUCUAUGCAAAUCGAGCGCAAUGUUGGUUGAAAACUGGUGAAUUCCAAAAGGCAGUAGACGAUGCUGAGGAGGCGAUUGCACUUUCAAAUGGGGAGAAUGCGAAAGCCUAUUUCCGUCUGGGCAUGGCAAAGCACGGGCUCGCGACAUCGGACGACAUUGUCAAAGCAAAAAAUGCGAAAGAACAUUAUGGCAUGACGUUGAAAGGAAUAAUUAGUAUUGUGUCGUUUUGAUGUUCUCGCAGAAAUUGGGAUAAUGCCGUGUGUCCUGCUUGGUUCUUGUAAAUUGGUUUUUCUGAAGACAGAAAUUGAGAGCAUUAGUACUUACAGUGAUUUUCUAUAUGGAACCACCUCUAACCCACAUGCGGCGGACUAUUUCAAGCGGCUUUAGCUGCCCUUGGCAAGGCAGAGAAGUUGGACCCCAAGAACAAGCAAAUCACGGACGCUAUCGGCAUGGUCUCCAUCAAGAUGCGGCGACAAAUGGGUUUGUGAGAACGGACGCUAUCGGCAUGGUCUCCAUCAAGAUGCGGCGACAAAUGGGUUUGUGAGAGUCCUCUCGCUGCACUCGUCUCAGUCCUGUAUUCGUUGCAGGCGAUACUUAUUGCUUCGACAGCAGACAAGAACUGUGGUUGUCAAAAACAAACAGCGAUAUACCCGGUAAAUUAGCGCUCCUCUAGGAGAUACUCUUUUGCUGGCUGACCUCAUCGGUAGUCCCGUGCAACUACAAACGAGGUUCCAUGACAUGACAUGACUUAUUGCUUGAUGAAGGUGCUUCUGGUCUCGUGCUAGGACAGUUGUUGUAAGGUGCAAGUUCAUCUUCUAGCAUCGCUGCUUUACAAAGCCAAUUUUCUGCUCUGCCGCUUGCUGUCCAUUUUGUAAAGUAAGAAUAACUAAAUGGUUCUCUUCUCGCUCUGGAAAUAUCGCCCGAUAGUCCCAGUUUUCCUUUGUCCCAACCAUCGACCGUGACUUAUGCUGUUGCCAAUGUAGCCCAGAUACGACCGUGACUUAUGCUGUUGCGAAUGUAGCCCAGAUAUCAACGGAUCAUCCUCCAUAAGCAACGACCAAGAACAUGAAAGCUUGUUCGCUUCAUCCCCAUGAUAACCAUAUCUUUUUUCACUCCCAAGCAUGUUUGCUUCAGGAAAGACCUACUCAAAUCUAUCAUCACAAAAGUUUGAUGUUGCUCUGGGUUUCCAAGGUUGCUGGUGAAUCGAAG